AUGCUCUCGCCUGCGAACGUACGGCAUCCUCUGCGCUGGGUGGUCCAUGCCCAGCGCUAUGCUGCCCGCGCAACGGCCUGCCCUUGUGGAUGUGCCCAGUUUCACCCAGGCCUGUCUACCCGCCGACCCCUGGCCACGUCGGCUGCCCCCGUUGCCCCACGGCUGCCUCGAGUCCCUCGGGGAUUCCGUCGCUAUGCCACCGAGGCCAAGGGGGAAUGGGCGACAGAGACGGAACAGGAGCAGGCAAAAAUGGUCGAGGCUGCCAAAGUCAAGGUCGACCUCUACAAAAAGACCAUGGAGGAAGAAGCGAAUGCUAUGGAGAUUGAUAUCAAGGCGCAGAUUGAGCGGGCCAGAAUACAGAAAGAGCUGGCGCCUCUGUCAGAGGUGUGGGACAAGUACCUCGAACUUCGAAAGGCAAUCACUGACGAUCAACAGUCCAUCAUAGAUAUGAAGGUGUUUUUAGACGACCCGGAUCCAAGCGUGAAGGAAAUGUUUGAAGCCGAACACGAGACCCUCUGCACCGAGCUGGACGAUCUCCUCACAUCAACCUUCCCCUCCGUCAUCCUGCCUCCUCCGUCUACCUCUUCGCUCCCCGUCGUCAUGUCUCUCAACGCCGGCGUCGGCGGUCUCGAGUCUGCUCUUUGUACUGAAGACCUCGCUCGGAUGUAUGUCCGUUUCGCCCAGGCGCGGGGCUGGAAGGUGGAAGAGAUCAGUAGAGUGGAUGGGACAGGAGGCAAGGGCGGUGGUGGGAUCAGGGAGAUGACUGUCAAGUUUGAUGCGCCUGCCUAUGGAGGAGGCGAUGUGGAGAUCUACGGAGCAUUGCAGUGGGAGAAGGGGGUACAUCGUAUCCAGCGAGUACCGGCAAAUGAGACGCAGGGGAGAAUACACACUUCGACCGUGGCUGUCAUUGUGCUUCCGAUAUAUCCAGAUACUGCCGAGGCGCCGUUGGUCGACCCCAAAGAUGUCAGGACUGAUGUGAUGCGUGCCAGUGGUGCUGGUGGGCAGCACGUCAACAAGACCGAGUCUGCUGUCCGCAUGACCCAUGUGCCCACUGGCAUCACCGUCUCGAUGCAAGACUCGCGAAGUCAACAUCAGAAUCGAGCGUGGGCGUGGGAGAUCUUGAAGGCGCGACUAUCAGAAAAGAAGCACAAUGAAGAAGUAGAAAUGAAGAGGGCGAGCAGAAGAGAUCAAGUCAAAGGGGCGGACAGGAGUGACAAGAUCAGAACGUACAACUUCAACCAAGCAAGUCAUCCCUACCACAGGUUUGGCUUUAGCAUCAUCGGCCUGCAAAACAUCCUUGACGGCGAAGGCUUGGAAGAAGUGAUCAUGAAGAUGAAGGACGACUUUAGAGAACGGCGUUUGGAAGCGCUGUUGAAGGGAGAAGAAGAUUUGGAUUAUUGA